UUCUGUUCUGGUAAGUACUUAGAAACUGCUUUUAAAAUAAAAUUAAAAAGAAUAAACUUCUCACUCGUGCCAGUAGGGUUUUGUUAACACAGCUCACUGUCCACGGCUGCUUGGUACGUCAGUCAGUACCUAUAAAAUGUGACCCUCUGCAAUCCAGGUUCACAGAAGGCCCGAGCAAAGGUGGGAGGAAACAGGAGAGCAAAGAGAAACAGGGAGUGGCGACUUUUAACAUCUAAGAAGUAGCAAGUUUGGCUCUGCUCUGAGAGAACAGAGAGAGCCUGGACUGGAUGGAGAGACAGGAUGGGAGAGGGGGAGGGUCUGACUAUCACAUCUCACAUUGUCCACUGAGUGGUUAGCAUUUCAAGCCCCUGUUAGGAUGACAUGUGCCCCCCCCACCCCUCCCUUGGAGCCCUCUAUCAGGGAGGGAAAGCAGCCCACAGCUGGCAGCCAUGACUCCCAUUUUACACAAGGGAGCAGAAAGGGGCAAGAACUUCCAUGACUUCAAUCCAAGAGAGGGGAACCAUGUCUUACUGUUCAUAUGAAGACAGGCUGUGAAUCUGACCAUAACCAGGAAGCCCCGAAGAUGGCACCUGGAUCUCGUCUGACCUCCCCUUGAGUCCUUGGUACUUUAAACUGAUUUGUGGGGUAGAUAUGGGGAGGUGGGGACAAGAACACGUGGAAAAGCUGGGAGGAAUGAGAAGGUACACCCCGUGUGGGAGACUGCUGCUUUGGAAGCAUGAGAGAAACUGGAGGGGGAUAGCAUCCCUGGUGGGACCUUACCUCAUGGCCCUACAUGAGGGCAACAUGGGCCAAGGCCAGAGGAUCUGCACUUCUCUCUACAUUUGUGGGACAGUCAAUCACAAACCCCAGAAACCCAGUUACAGAGAGAGACAGACAGACAGACAGACAGACAGACAGACACCUUGUAUGGAGCAUCCACCAGUUCAAAGAGCACCUGGCUGGGGGCCUUGGGACUCUGCACUCAGUUGCCUACAGCACAAAUGGUCCAAGGCUGUGUCGCUGCCUCCAUUUUGGUCAGGGGCCUGAGCACCCAGCCUCGCUAGGCUGCUUUGCUCUCUUCCUCUAAAUAUGAGCAGAGGUCUCCCUGACCAAGGACAUUUAAUGAUCCAUCCAUGAUCUCAAGGUUCUAAAAACAUGCUAUCAGUCUGUUUGUCUGUGCCCCGUCUCGGGGCUUUACUUUCCACUUUUCAUUUGGUUUUUGUUAUGAGAAAUCUUGGGGAUUGAACGCAGAGCCUCAGGCAUGUUGGGCAGAUUCUCUACCACUGACCCACAUUCCCUAACCGUGUAUCUGGAUGUUAAGGAGUUCAAAACACAAGAAAGUGAGGAGGACUUUUUCAUUUACAUCAGCAAGCAAAAUAUAUUACUCCCUAGCCCCAAAGGGAAGAUUCAUUUACUGGGGAAGGUUGUGUGAUUUUUUUUAAAGAUUUAUUUAUUUUAUUCAUAUGAGUUCAUUAUAAUGUCUUCAGACACACCAGAAGAGGGCAUCAGAUCCCAUUACAGAUGGUUGUGAGCCACCAUGUGGUUGGUAGGAAUUGAACUCAGGACCUCUGGAAGAGCAGUCGGUGCUCUUAACUGCUGAGCCAUCUCUCCAGCCCCAGGCUAUGUGAUUUCUAACAUUAAUUUUGUUAUUGGCUGACAAGAUGGGUUAGUAACUGCCAGGGCAGUCAUCUUCCAGUAACUCGACAAAAAGACAAACACAAAGGGAAAGAGGAGAGGUACUCGGUAUAUGUUCUCUAGGCCUUUUAGGAAACAUGGAGUCGUUCCUUUGGCCACACACAUGCAAACCUACAAGAAGGGUGAUAUUGUAGACAUCAAGGGAAUGGGCACUGUUCAAAAAAGAAUGCCCCUUAAGUGUUACCAUGGCAAAACUGGAAAAGUCUGCAAUGUCACCCAGCAUGCCGCGGGCAUCAUUGUAAACAAGCAAGUUAAAGGCAAGAUUCUGGCCAAGAGGAUCAAUGUGCGGACUGAGCACAUCAAGCACUCAAAGAGCAGAGACGGCUUCCUGAAGCGGGUGAAGGAGAACGAUCAGAAGGAAAAGGAAGCCAAAGAGAAGGGCACCUGGGUUCCGCUGAAGCGCCAGCCUGCGCCACCCAGAGAAGCCCACUUUGUGAGGACUAACGGGAAGGAGUCUGAGCUGCUGGAGCCCAUGCCAUACAAAUUCAUGGCCUAAUAUACACAAAGGAAAUAAAGGACCCUGACUGCAAAAAAAAAAAAAAAAAAAA